AUGAGCGAAAUUCGAAAGGUCGCCAUCAUUGGUUGUGGCUCGAUAGGGGCCUCGUGGGCGGCCCUCUUCCUGGCCCAAGGCCUCCAAGUGACGGCGUUCGAUAUCAAACCGGCUACCGAGGCAUUCCUCCACAACUUGGUUGCCGACGCAUUACCUGUGCUCUCGUCUCUGGGCUUAGUCAAAAACACCAACGCCCAUGGAUCAGACAUACGUUUCACUACCAACAUGUCCGAAGCUCUAGCCGACGCAGAUUUCGUUCAAGAAAAUGGACCUGAAAAGCUGGAGUUCAAGCGCAAACUCUUCAAUGAUAUGGCUGCAAUCGUGCGCCCCGACACGAUCAUUGCGACAAGCAGCAGUGGCUUGACUUGUUCGAGCAUACAAGAGGGUAUGCACCCGUCGAGCCAUCCAGAACGCUGCGUUGUUGGCCAUCCUUUCAACCCCCCACAUCUCAUUCCGCUUGUUGAGGUAGUGGCGGGGAAAAAAACAUCGGUAGAAACUGUAGACUGUACGAUGAAGUUUUACGACAACAUGGGGAAGAAGGCAAUCAAUGUGAAGAAAGAAGUUGUCGGUCACGUUGCAAACCGUCUUCAAGCUGCUCUGCUGCGAGAGGUCAUGCACCUUUUACAGGAAGAUGUGGCCGAUGUCGAGGACAUCGAUAAGGCAAUGAGUUAUGGCCCGGGCCUAAGAUGGGGUGUCAUGGGCCCUAACUUAUUGUUCCAUUUGGGAGGCGGUGAAGGAGGCAUCAAGUACAUGGCGGACCAUUUAUUGGUGCCGCUGAUGUCUUGGUAUGCGCCCAAAGACCCUGAGGUGACGGACGAACUGAAGCAAAAGUGGGUUUCGGGAACGAUGCAAGCCGUGAAUGAUAGGGAGUACAGACAGUUGACUAGGCAACGCGACGAGGAGCUGGUCAGGCUGCUAAAUGUCCGCAAGGAGUGGGAUGGGUUUGCAGAUGCCUCCAAGAGUUCGCAGGGCAACGAUGAUAGCUAG